UCCUGAGAUUUGGCGCGAGCGACGGAAGGGCUCGAAGUCACAUGGAUGCAACGCGUUUGAUUAAGGUCCAAGGGCUGCUCCUACUGCGAUCCUCCAAACCUCUUUGCUCUACGGAGGAGGCCGCUCGUUUCCUACAGGCAGGCUCCCUCUUCCUUACUGGAAAAAGAGCUCUUACUGGUGGGCGGGAAGAGGAAAGUUGCUGCAGAGCCGGGGAGCCUGUCUUAGUCCCUGAGAUGCCCUUUCCAUAAAGGAAGCGCGCGGGCGCUUGGCUUGUUUUCUUUUCUGAACUUCGUCCGGGGAAGGGGGGUGGGUGACUUUUCUAGACUCCUGCCGGCCGCCUUAAGGAGAAAAAAGUUUUUUUUCUAGCGGCGCUGCUUUUGGGGAGGAGAGAAAUAAUGACAGAGGAAAGCAAAGGCGAUGGGAAAGGCGAGAGCGGGAAGGAUCCGGAGAAGCAGCUACGCCUGCGGGUGUGCGUUUUGAACGAGCUGCUGAAGACGGAGCGCGACUAUGUGAACACCUUGGAGUUUUUGGUGUCGGCAUUCCUUCAAAGAAUAAUGCAGUGGGCUAUUACUAAGAUUGAUAAAAAUGUAACAGAGGAAACGGUUAAGACAUUGUUCUCAAAUAUUGAAGAUAUUCUAGACGUUCACAAGAACUUCCUAUCUAGGAUUGAAGAAUGUCUGCAUCCCGAACCCAAUUCGCAACAAGAAGUGGGAUCCUGCUUUCUCCACUUUAGAGACAGAUUUCGUAUCUAUGACGAAUACUGCAGCAAUCAUGAAAAAGCACAAAAGCUUUUGCUUGAACUUAAUAAAAUAAAAACAGUACGGACAUUUUUACUGAACUGCAUGCUGUUAGGAGGACGAAAAAGUACAGAGGUACCUUUAGAAGGUUAUUUGGUAACACCAAUCCAGAGAAUAUGCAAGUAUCCUCUUCUUUUGAAGGAAUUAUUAAAGCGUACUCCCAAAAAGCACAGUGACUAUUCUAUCUUAAUGGAAGCUCUCCAAACAAUGAAAGCUGUUUGUUCCAACAUAAAUGAAGCCAAGAGACAGAUGGAAAAAUUAGAGGUUUUAGAGGAAUGGCAGUCUCACAUUGAAGGAUGGGAGGGGUCUAACAUCACAGACACUUGCACAGAAAUGCUGAUGUGUGGUGUUUUAUUGAAAAUCUCAGCAGGAAAUAUACAAGAACGAGUGUUCUUUCUUUUUGACAAUCUUUUGGUCUAUUGCAAAAGAAAGCAUAGACGAUUGAAAAACAGCAAAGCAUCUUCAGAAAGUCAUCGAUACCUUUUCCGAGGCAGAAUAAAUACAGAAUUGAUGGAAGUUGAGAAUGUUGAUGAUGGAACAGCUGAUUAUCACAGCAGUGGUCACAUUGUUCUCAAUGGUUGGAAGAUACACAACACAGCAAAAAAUAAAUGGUUUGUGUGUAUGGCCAAAACAUCUGAAGAAAAGCAUGAAUGGCUUGAAGCUAUCCUAAAAGAAAGGGAAAGAAGAAAAGGGUUAAAACUUGGUAUGGAACAAGAUACAUGGGUGAUGAUCUCUGAACAAGGAGAAAAACUUUACAAAAUGAUGUGCCGACAAGGGAAUUUAAUCAAAGACCGAAAGAGAAAAUUAACCACUUUUCCAAAAUGUUUCCUUGGAAGUGAAUUUGUAUCUUGGUUAUUGGAAACUGGAGAGAUUCACAGACCUGAAGAAGGUGUUCAUCUUGGUCAAGCUUUGUUAGAGAACGGCAUUAUUCACCAUGUUACAGACAAACAUCAGUUUAAACCUGAACACAUGCUCUAUAGAUUCCGUUAUGAUGAUGGCACAUAUUAUCCAAGAAAUGAAAUGCAAGAUGUAAUCUCAAAGGGUGUAAGAUUAUAUUGUCGUCUGCACAGUCUGUUUACUCCUGUGAUAAGGGAUAAAGAUUACCAUUUAAGAACCUACAAAUCUGUCAUAAUGGCUAAUAAAAUGAUAGACUGGCUAAUUGCACAGGGGGAUUGCAGAACAAGAGAAGAAGCAAUGAUCUUUGGAAUAGCACUUUGUGACAAUGGAUUUAUGCAUCAUGUGCUGGAAAAAAGUGAAUUCAAAGAUGAACCACUUCUAUUUCGUUUUUUUGCGGAUGAAGAAAUGGAAGGCUCCAACAUGAAACACAGACUUAUGAAGCAUGACUUAAAAGUAGUGGAAAAUGUAAUCGCAAAAUCUUUGCUGAUCAAAUCAAGUGAUGGAACUUAUGGUUUUUGUUUGGAAGACAAAAACAAAGCACCAAUUGUGAAAAUAGUGGAAAAGUGCUCAAAUGCUGAGGUGGCAGGUCUGGAAAUUGGGAAAAAGAUCUUUACUAUUAAUGGUGACCUAGUUUUUCUAAGGCCCUUUACUGAAGUGGAUAGCUUUCUGAAAGCAUGUUUGAACAGUAAAAAGCCCCUCAGGGUACUUGUGAGCACAAAGCCAAGGGAGACAGUUAAGAUUCCUGAUUCUGUGGAUGGACUUGGAUUCCAAAUACGAGGCUUUGGCCCUUCGGUUGUUCAUGCUGUUGGAAAAGGAACUGUGGCAGCUACUGCUGGGCUCCAUCCUGGACAGUGCAUAAUCAAAGUGAAUGGAAUUAAUGUCAGCAAAGAAACACAUGCAAGUGUUAUUGCCCAUGUGACAGCCUGCAGGAAAUACAGACGUCCAAUGCAUCAAGAUUCUAUUCAGUGGGUAUAUAACAACACUGAUAGUGCCCAGGAGGAUUUUCAGAAAACGAAUACUAAACCAUUGGGUGAGGAUGGAGGAGAUGCAUUUAAUUACAAAGUUGAAGAAGCCAUUGAUAAAUUUAAUACUUUGGCAAUAAUUGAUGGACGAAAGGAUCAUGUCUGCCUGACUGUUGAUAAUGUUCAUCUGGAAUAUGGUGUUGUUUAUGAGUAUGAUAGUACUGCUGGAAUAAAAUGCCAUGUUUUAGAGAAAAUGAUUGAACCAAAAGGCUUUUUCAUCCUGACUGCAAAGAUCCUUGAAGCUCUAGCAAAAAGCGAUGAGCAAUUUGUGCAAAACUGUAGCAGCUUAAAUAGUAUACAUGAAGUAAUUCCUACCAAUCUUCAGAGCAAAUUCAGUGCCGUUUGCAGUGAAAAACUAGAGCACAUUUGCAGAAGGAUUACAAGUUAUAAAAAGUUUUCACGGGUCCUAAAAAAUCGAGCUUGGCCUACCUUCAAGCAAGCUAAGUCAAAGAUCUCACCACUGCAUAGUAGUGAUUUCUGUCCAACUAAUUGUCAUAUCAAUGUUAUGGAAGUCUCAUAUCCUAAAACGUCAACGUCACUUGGCAGUGCCUUUGGUGUUCAACUUGAUAGCAGAAAACAUUUUUCACAUGAAAAAGAAAACAGACAUAUGGAGCAAGGUAAACUGAAUCCCAUGGUUUAUAUACAACAUACUAUAACAACCAUGGCCGCUCCAUCAGGUCACUCACUAGGUCAACAGGAUGGUCAUGGUUUAAGGUACCUAUUAAAAGAAGAAGAUUUAGAAACACAAGACAUCUAUCAGAAACUGUUAUGCAAAUUACAGAGUACAUUAAAGGAGGUGGAAAACUGUGUUUUUCAAAUAGAUGACCUUCUGUCUUCAAUAACAUAUUCUCCAAGUUCACAACAUUCAAACCAUGAAUUGUUAAUGUCAACAGACAGUGAUAAUGAAAAAGGAGAACGCAAUGGAAAAAAAGUAUGUUUCAAUGUAGUAAGUGAUGAGCAGGAAGAUUCUGGUCAUGACACUAUAAGCAACCGGGAUUCAUAUAGUGAUUGCAACAGCAACCGGAAUUCUACUGCUUCUUUCACCAGUAUUUGCAGUAGCCAAUGCAGUUCUUAUUUUCACAGUGAUGAAAUGGAUUCAGGCGAUGAACUUCCUCAGAGCAUCUGCAUUUCUCAUGAUAAGCAGGAUAAACUUUAUGGUUGCUUGGAACAUCUUUUUAGUCAGGUAGAUUCAAUUAUUAAUCUACUGAAAGGUCCAGCAGUGGCUAGAGCUUUUGAGCAAACCAAGUUCUUCACCCCUGGACGAAGUUUUCAAGAGUUUCAGCAAGAAAUUGAAUUUAAGGUGAACUGCCCAAAGAAGCUGAGGCUUCAUAUUAAACAAGAUCCUUGGAACCUCCCCAGCAGUGUUCAAAACCUUUCUCAAACCAUCCGAAAAUUUGUUGAAGAGGUAAAAGCAAGAGUCCUUCUGGCACUUCUUCAAUAUACAGAUAGUGAGAUACAGCUGAGGAGAGACAUGGUCUUCUGCCAGAGUCUAGUUGCUACAGUUUGUGCAUUUUCAGAGCAAUUAAUGGCUGCCUUAAAUCAAAUGUUUGACAAUAGCAAGGAGUGUGAAAUGGAAACACAAGAGGCCAGUAGGAGAUGGUUGGAACAGAUAUCUGCCGCAGGUGUUCUCCUUUACUUCCAGUCACUGCUGUCACCAAACCUGACUGAUGAACAAGCUAUGCUAGAAGACACAUUGAUUGCAUUAUUUGAUUUGGAGAAAGUUACAUUUUAUUUUAAACAUUCUGAACAGGAACCGUUAGUAGCAAAUAUGCCAAUCACAUAUCAAGCAGAAGGAAGUCGGCAAGCUAUGAAAAUUUAUUUUUAUCUUGAUAGUUACAAUUUUGAACAGCUUCCUGAAAGGCUGAAAAAUGGUGGAGGUUUUAAACUUUACCCAGUUCUAUUUGCACAAGCCCUGGAAAGUAUGGAAGGAUAUUAUUAUAGAGACAAUGUAUCAGUAGAAGAAUUUCAAGCCCAGAUUAAUGCAGCUUCAUUGGAAAAAGUAAAACAGUAUAACCAAAAACUCAGAGCAUUUUAUCUGGACAAAUCAAAUCUUCCUCCUAAUUCAACAUCAAAAGCUGCUUAUAUAGAUAAGCUAAUGAGGCCUAUCAAUUCUUUGGAUGAGCUUUACCGAUUAAUGGCGUCUUUCAUAAGAUCCAAGCGCACAGCAGCCUGUGCUUACACAGCUUGUGGUGCUUCUGGAGUUGGACUACUGUCUGUCUCUUCAGAACUCUGCAGCCGGCUGGGAGCUUGCCAUAUCGUCUUAUGCAACAGUGGAGUUCACCGUUGCACUCUGAGCAUCACUUUAGAGCAAGCAAUAAUUCUUGCUCGGAGUCACGGUCUACCUCCUCGCUAUAUCCUCCAAGCUACAGAUGUGAUGCGUAAGCAAGGAGCAAGAGUUCAAAAUACUGCAAAGAAUUUAGGAGUUAGGGACCGAACACCACCAUCUGCUCCAAGAUUGUACAAACUAUGUCAGCCACCCCCACCUGUUGGAGAAGAGUAAAGAUUCUUAUCUGAAGAUUAAUCAAUAUACCAGUUUCCACAAAGAGAAGGAUAAUAGUCUUUUGAGUAUGGAUACAGAGUCCUUUCUUCUUAAACGUGACUUUGUAAAUAAAGAGUAAUGACUUCUGCUGGGGGAAAAAAUAAUAUCUGGAUUUACUGUGCAUGUUCUGUGAAUGUAUUCCUUGGAAUGUUUUUAAGUGCUUGAUUCAGCAAUACCAAGUGUUCAACAAAGUAUGGGCAGGAACAUGAAAACAAAAGAGAAAGAUUGGAAAAACCACUAUAUCAUGCUAUUUGAAAAAGCGACAUCUUCAUCCAUAGGAUGAUUUAUUAAAUUAAUGGUCUGAUGAAAUAGAUAUUCUAUACUGAAAUGCUUUCCUAAUGCAUAUCUCCACUAGUCAUAGAAACUCUACUGCCUACUUUAGCAACAGUAAAUUUUAAUGUAAGAAAUCCGAUUUGUUCCAAUUGAUGUGAGGGACUGAAACAACAGAUGGAACGGAUGAAUCAAAAUUAUGUUCAGUGCUCUAAUUCUUAAGUUGUUCAAUGGUUUUUGACAGGAAUCUUUCUUGUAAUAGCAAAGUUUUGAUCAUGGUGAGCGUUUGUAGAAAAUUCAAAUGAGCUAUUCAAUCUUACUCAUUUUUCUACCUCAGUUGUUUCUGUGAAGUCACACACAUUGACAAAGAAAAAAAAAUCCAGUUAACAAAUUUGUUUUAACUCAAGAUUAUCUUUCAUCAAACUAACUGAAAAAUGAAUGUUUUAUUAAGGUCUUAAAACUAAGGCAUAUUUUUAAAAAUAACACAUUUAUAGCUAUAUUUCAUUCUUCCCCCAACACUCAAGACUUGACCAUAACAGUGGUGGGUUGCUAACAGUUCUCCCAGGUUCAGGUGAGCCAGUAGUGGAGAUGGUGAGGUGAGAGUGAAACAGUUUGCUCCGACUGUCAGUUGGGCCCUUCCACCUGCCCCUGCAUUAUACCUACCUAUAUUCGUUCAUUUUUAGCCCAGCUGAUAGGCACAGCAGAGCAGAUUGCCGUGCUUCAGCUGUUCUGAAAUUCAAUGCGCUUGCGUGAAGCGAACCAGUGUUAACACUGGUUGAAACCCACCACGUUAGCUUUACAGUGUUGUGUGAAUCUACUGUGAUUAAAAAGAAAAGACUAACUUGUUAUAGGCUACCCUAUCUUAACAACAGCCUAGCCUAUCCAGUUCUAAACUAAUGGCUGACCUAGAAUCUAAUAGCCAUUAGUUCUCUAGCCUAUUAGGAUUAACCUCAAAAUAUAAAAAACAGGUUUUGUUUUAAAAACCCAUGGAGUUAGGGAAAUUAGCAUUCCCAUUCCACAUGCAGGCCUUGAAAUCCAAUGAGUACACUACUGGGUUUUUUUUCCAGAUAAUUUUUUUUACAUAAAUGAAAAACUAUACAAAAAGGGAAAAUCUAUCAAAAAUUGGUUACCUUUGUUGCUGUUGUCUGGGUUUCAUUGAGUUAUACGAAUUUACUCUUAAUUAACUUUAAGCCACAUUGUGAUAAUUGUCUAAAUGUGUUAAAGUAUGUUUCAAGCUAUAAUUGUCUAAAUGUGUUGCAGUGUUUCAAGCAAUAGUUAUUGUAACAAUGCUGCAAAAAAUACCUGUAUCCCAUAAAAACAGAUUUUGCUGGGUCUAGAAGGGUCUAAAUUGAAAAUGCAAUUGUAUAUAUUUCCAAAAUAAAUAAAGUUCCCCUGAAUUCAAUGAGUCCCAAGUAAUAGGUAAAGGAUUACAAAUGAACAAUCUCUGUCUGAUCCAGUAGAAAUUGUUGGGUAUUUUAUAUUAAUCCAUAUUAAAUGCUUAUAGUAUACUGACUCUGUAAACUGCUUAGAGAGGGCUGUAAAGCGGUAUAUAAGUCUAAGUGCUUUUGCUAUUAUUAUUAGGUUAUAUCCAUUAGAAAUAGAAAAAAUAAAUACAAAUAACAUGAAUUCUGAUAUUUACUCAAUGAAGUGGUCAGGCACCAGUUUUUAAUUAGGAAAAAAACCCAGUGGAAUUGUAACUUUCUGUUAUAAUACAGAGUUUUUACCUGAGAAAAGGCCAAUAUAGUUCUGCAUUAUUAGUUUAUGCUGUUGCACUGAUUUCCUAUAAUGAUUUUAACUCAAUCAACAGCAAAACGUUCUCCCAAGAAUUUGAAAGUAAGAAGUAAUAAUUAUUUCUUCUUAUUCCUGCAUUUUCUUGAAUGACAAGAAGGCAAAGUUUUAAUAUAUAUGUGCAUUUUGGAUAAAAAGAAAAUUACCACAACAUGCAAAUGAUGGUCCUGCAACAAUAUAAUCAGGUAAUCAGUCAUAAUAUUCUUUCACUCUAAGGAAGCAGAGCAGUAUUUUCUAUUCAAAAACGAAUGCAUUACAUAUAACUCUUUGCUUCAUCAUAGCUAUUAGUUAUAUUACAUUCUUUAUUAGCACAAUAGCAAACAGUGAAUUAAAUAUAAAUUCAUGCCUAAUUAAAAAUAUUAAGUUGCAGUAAAAAAUUCAUAUGAAAAUGUUGAAUAGCAGUGGGAAUUCAUACAUAUAUGUACUAUAAAAUCAAAUACAAUAAGGUCCAGAUCCAAGCAUGACGUGUCUUAAAGAGUUUGAAUGAUGCCUUAUAGAACAAAAACAAAUCCUUUACUUUUUAAUAUCCAGAGGCAUGAUUCACUUAUUGAAUUUUAAGUAUCCUUUGCAUAAGCUUCUUUAAAAAUCUGAAUUUUGUUGAUUUGUAAAUGUGUACAUUUGCAGCAUUUAAAUUCUAUAGCAGAAUAUAUCAAACCCUGAAAUUUAAAAAAGAGUUGUCCUUUAAGUUAGUUUCCUAGUUUCCACUUUGACUGGACAAGCCAACAGAAGGGAUCUAUCCUUCAGUCAAAAAUAUCUCCCUAUGCAGCAACAGCAUUUCCCCCACUGACAUUAGUAACUUCUUGUUCAGGAAGUAGCACUGUAUUUGUAGCCUUUAGAAAUGUGUUGUUAAUUUAAAUUUCUAGUCUUUCAAAAUGGAAAUGUUUUGGUUUGAUGGUAAAAGAAAAGCUAAGGGUGAUCUACUGGUAGUAUGGAAGAGCAAGCUUUAGUCAUGAAAGCUUGAUAAACGUUGCAUGUCUUUAAUUGGUAUAUUUGGUUCUUAUUCAACCCCAGUCCUGAUUAGUUCUAGGUUAUUUAGGUAGAUUGAGUUGCAUACUUCAUUUAUUGUUUUAGAAGUUGCAGCAUCAGCAAUUGAGGACUCCUGUUUUAAAAUGUUAAUGUAUUUCCAAUGUCCAUUGGAAAAAUCGUAUUCCUCAGAUGUGAUAGAAAGAACCAUUUUCAGGUUAGAAGUAUUUUCAUACAAUUGAAACUGUGCUUUUUAGUCUCCCACCAGAUUAAAAAAAAACCCUGCCCUACAGUUCAAUAGAACAAUUAUUAUAUUCUAAAGUGCCUAGAAAUAUUUCUAUCUUUAACCCACAUCUUGCUGGCUAUUGGCUAUAGCCAUAUUGUUACUAUUAUAGUAGACUGUAUUUCUAUAACUUGUGCAGAUUUCCUCCUUAUUUGAAAAUAUCACAGCAAUAUUAUUUAAUCUGUAGCAUGUAUAUAGUAUAAGAAAUCAAGUAAUGCUUAUGUCAUUUGUCAUUAAAAAAAACCCUUUUUGUUUUAGCAGUGUUAGGUUAUGCAGAAGAAUAUAUUUUUUUAAUUAUACAAACAGAAGUCUAGAACACUGCUGUGUUUUUGCAAAAGAAAAAUAGAAUAUGAAAACAUUUAAAAUAUAUAUUAAUAGCUUCUCUGAUGUCUUCAAUAUAGUAUUAUGUAUUUCAACUUUUGUUUCAUAACAUUGAUAAAUAAAAAUAAAACCUCUUUACGGGUGGUUUUUGUUUUGGAUUAUAUUAGAAUGAUAGAAGCUUGUAAAUGGUAUUGGAAGGGUAUGAAUGUUUGGCUUUCCAAGACCCAAAUAAACAUGGUAGCAGGAAAAAAAUAGCCAUUUUUUAAUUAGUUCAACAUUGAUUGGGACUCUUGUGAGGUCUUUGGGUGACUCGAGAAGGAGGGCUAUCUGUUGAUUGUCUCCUAGUCAUUGGUGAUGGCAAGGGAGGCCUCUGGAAAGACACCGGCAGUUAUGGAGCGAGGCCACUGUUCCGGUGUGCCAGUCAGCUGUUGGUAGUGCAGUGAUGAAAAUGGAGUUGGCAAUGCUAGAGGAAGUUGGUGGCAUGUUUUUGUUAGUAGAGGUAGUCAUGCCAGAGCACCAUUGGCCACAGAAGAUCAUAUAAGAGCAGUUCUCUUUUGCAGAGAUUACAGCUCUGACAGCAGUGGAUUGGCAACAGUGUGAGCACAAGCAGCCCAGCAGUGAUAUUGCUGCACUGGCUUGGGUCAUGUGAAUCUUGCAUUAGCCAGUAACCAUCUUGUCUUUGACAUGGAGCACCUAGACUUGGAAAGAACAGCUAUAGAUAUUUGGAGCUGCUUCCCCACUACUAUGGACUUUCCAUCUUUUCCUGAUGGACUGUGUGUUAGGAAUGCGGACUUUUUUUCACCAAAGAGUUGGGUUUGAAUUAUAGCAGAUGCUCUUUACCUACUAGGGGUCUCCUUGACAGAUAGAUAACAAACGAGAAUGGAGAUGGAUAACUGAGACCAGAUGGCUCUCUUUUCUAAGUGUGAAUGGUAUGGUGUGAAAUGACGUUGAUUGAAUAAAAAAAUGCUGUUUAUUGUAAAUUUUGGUAUUAUUUAAAAGGAACUCAUUAAUGUGAAAAAUAACAUGGAAGUCAUUUCAAUGUUUUAUCUCUCAAAAGCAUUCUGGUGCAAUUGUACUUGAAAUACUCCUUUUUUCUUUCCAUGGUAUUAGAAGCCAAACAUAUAUUAUUUGUAGAGUUGUUUCAUUUUGGGCUUGCUCUCUUACAGUCCGUUGGCAAAAAGCC